AUGAGGGAAAUCCUCCACAUCCAGGGUGGCCAGUGCGGCAACCAGAUCGGUGCUAAGUUCUGGGAGGUCAUCUGUGAGGAGCACGGCAUUGACUCUUUGGGUAACUACAAGGGAGACUCCCCGCUGCAGUUGGAGCGUGUCAAUGUGUACUACAACGAGGCCAGCGGUGGACGCUAUGUCCCUCGCGCCAUCCUCAUGGAUUUGGAGCCUGGUGUGAUGGACAGUGUCCGCUCUGGCCCUUACGGCAAGGUUUUCCGUCCUGACAACUUCGUUUUCGGACAAUCCGGUGCUGGCAACAACUGGGCCAAGGGUCAUUACACUGAGGGUGCCGAGCUGAUCGACUCGGUCCUCGAUGUCGUCCGCAAGGAAGCCGAGAACUGCGAUUGCCUACAAGGCUUCCAAGUGUGCCACUCCCUCGGUGGUGGCACGGGAUCUGGAAUGGGUACCCUCCUCAUUUCCAAGAUCCGGGAAGAGUAUCCCGACCGCAUGAUGCUGACCUUCUCCGUGUUCCCGUCGCCGAAGGUGUCAGACACAGUCGUGGAGCCUUACAAUGCCACUCUCUCCGUGCAUCAGCUCGUCGAGAAUGCCGACGAGUGCAUGGUCCUGGACAACGAGGCGCUUUAUGACAUCUGCUUCCGCACUCUGAAGCUCGCUAACCCCAGCUUCGGUGAUCUCAACCAUCUGAUCUCGGCGACCAUGAGCGGCGUCACCUGCUGCCUGCGCUUCCCUGGCCAGCUGAACUCGGACCUGCGCAAGCUCGCCGUCAACCUCAUUCCCUUCCCUCGCCUGCACUUCUUCAUGGUCGGCUUCGCUCCCCUGACGUCCCGCGGCUCUCAGCAGUACCGCGCUCUGACCGUCCCUGAGCUGACCCAGCAGAUGUGGGAUGCGAAGAACAUGAUGUGCGCCGCUGAUCCCAGACACGGCCGCUACCUGACCGCGUCCGCCAUGUUCCGCGGGAAGAUGAGCACCAAGGAGGUUGACGAGCAGAUGCUGAACGUCCAGAACAAGAACUCGUCGUACUUCGUGGAAUGGAUUCCCAACAACGUGAAGUCCUCCGUGUGCGACAUUCCUCCCCGCGGCCUGAAGAUGGCGUCUACCUUCGUUGGCAAUAGCACGAGCAUCCAGGAGAUGUUCAAGCGCGUGAGCGAGCAGUUCACGGCCAUGUUCCGGCGCAAGGCUUUCUUGCAUUGGUACACGGGCGAGGGCAUGGACGAGAUGGAAUUCACUGAGGCGGAGAGCAACAUGAACGACCUGGUGAGCGAGUACCAGCAGUACCAGGAGGCCAGCACGGAGGACGAUCAGGAGUAUCUUGGCGAGGAUGCGGAAGCAGCGAUGUAA